UUGCUCUUUUCACUCUAUUGCACUUCUCAUCUGGAAAGCUGAGGAAUCAGAACAGGGGCUCUUGUUCAGCCUUCUUGCCUCUUUGUGUGCUGCAAGCAUUACACUUGGUUUCAGAAGGAAAUCUAAGAUCUCAAAGGUGUACAUUUGUCAGCAACAUUUGGAAGUAUUUUUUGCCAUCAAGACGGCCAUCAGUUUUCAGUUCAGUCAUUUCAAGUGCAAGAUAGAUUAGCAAAAAGAAAAUACUUCAUUGAUGUUUUUCAUUGUUUAGAUCUAUUUACCAUUCAGUUCAAUUCUGAUUCUUUGUAAUUGUCUGGAAAAGUUCUCGCUGAGUGAGGCAACCGUUUCUUCUUAAAUACUAACUUAACUGGAGAAACGUUGGCAGUUUACAUACCUAAUGUUGCAUUGUUUCACUGAUCAGGUAUCACUCGUUUACAUGCUAAUGGUCAUUUAGGGGUAGAAUGUUUUAAAAUUUUGGUUACUAGGAAACGUUAGUUAGACUAGCCUUUGCUAUCUGUGGCUAAACAGACAAAAGGAGCAGAGAGAAUUUUGGAGUGCAUGUGCCACCAGACUGAGGGCUUUGCAUGCAUGAUCCUAGUUUGCUUCUCCUGAUUACCCUCUAAGUUUGAUGAUAUUAAAGCCUAUUUCCUUUCCUGACGAUAAGUAGAGAGAAAUCACUUGCUUAAGGACCCAGCAAAUAAGGGGCAGAAUCAGAGUUUAAACGACAAACCUGCCAACUCCAUUUUCCCUCUGCUCCUCAUGGGUGGAGCAGCUAUACAUUCCUGCCCUAGCCGUGGAUAUGGUAGAAGCCACAAUGCAAAGAUUUCUGGAAGAGCUUCCUAAAUUUGCUUCAAUGUCCAAAAGAUACAGUCAGUCAACUAAAAUUUGCUGAGUUUGCUGGGCAUCUCUCAUGAACAAAAGCUGGAUGUGAUGAUCCAUGUAGCAUGCACAUGAUUCAAUUGUCCAGCCACUUUUUUUAAACUUUUCUCAUUAACAUCUGGUGUGGGGACACAUUCAUUUGCUACAGGGGUAAUUCACAGUUCAACUGGGCUUGGAGAGGAAAAGGUCGUUCGGUAACUAUCAGUAGAUUAUAUGUAAACCUAAGUUGUAAUGAGCACUCUUGUAGUUAAAGCAUCUUUUCCAUGGUGAUUAUAAUCACCUGUUGGCCCCUUUGCCACUAAGGCAAGGUGGAUGGUUUGGCCCUAGAGGUAAAUUAUCUUUUAGACUGUGCAGCCAAGCAACUAUAAUUAAAAUUAUAAAAUGAGAUUCACUGUGUAUUCCAGAAAAAGCAAUUCCCAGGCAGCAAAGAAGCCUGUAUUUUAGCCCCUUGGACUAAUUAUGUGAUAGGCAUUAUUUCUUCUAUUUUCUUCAUAAAAAAGGGAGAAGAAUACUCUUAAUAGUUUUAUGUGUAAGUAACUUAUAUAAGCACUUAUAGUCACACUGUCCCAUUUAAUCCUCACGACAACCUUGUGAGGUAGGUGCUGUUAUUGUCUGGUUUACAGGUGAGGAUUCAGACGGUUUGCUCCAGGUCAGACAUCUAGAAGGCAAUGGGGCUGGGAUCUGAAACCCUGUAAUCUGACUCCGCAAUCUGUAGCUUUAAACACUAUUUUCCUGCUUACUGCUCUUCUGAUUCUGUUGAGCACUUGAUGUUUUCGGUAUUUAGAAGUCAAAUGCUUCCUUUUUAAUAAAAACUUACACAACCUUCAUGAUUUUUAUAGCCCUAAAUGUCACUGGUUUCUAACAAACUGUUUUUCUCCAUCUGUCCCCAUGAUAAAUUUUUAAGAAACCAGGUCAGGUAAGCUCAGAGGCAGAAGGAAAACCCACCAGUAGUGGAUGCUGCCCUUAGGCUUUUUCCCCAGAAAAGACAAGACUCAGUCUAGAGGAAGCACAUUUGUCACACAUUGUGCCCCUCCUCUCUGUGUGUGGAAGCCGCCUUUGUCUGAUGCUGGAGAUAAUUCUGCGUUAAAAAGCUCACUUUUUGCUGUUUAAAAGCAGACAACUUAACAUUAAGUAGCUAUUUUAUUAUUGUGUCCAGAGUUAAUAAUAUUAAGUAUUUUCUGUGUUUUCGAGAACCUUCCUAAAUGAACUUUAAAAAAUGUACGUCUCUAGUUCUAGGAGGUCAGAUGCAGAGGUUUUGUAACAGGUGUUGUGAGUGUGGAAGGUAGGUGAUCACCGACACUGGUGUUAAUCCUGAUUGAUUAGUGCCCCCAGCACCUCGCACACACACGGCCCUUUAUCUACAGUGUUUCAUGUAAUCCUUGGUCAUCAGUCCACUGGACAGUAAUCUGCCAAGAGGAUCCAGCUUCACAGGUGGUUGUACAUGAAUGUGAACCAGGGAGAGAAAGGUGUAUGGAGGGAACAAGGUCUUGGGAGCCCAUUUACUCAGGUGUGUCCAAGUAUAAAUGCCAACAUCAAAGCCAUCUGAGUUCUUAUGUGCCACUGCGUCCAUUUACCGCUGUCUUGGGGUGCUACAUCUGAGAUCUUUUUCACCCACAACUAGCUCCACAUGUUGCAGUGGCCAAAGAGACCUUUGUCUGCUUGUUUUGAAGAAGCCUGACAUCUUUGUCACCUGGACGGAGGGAAGUACCAAGCAAGACCUUCUGCUCCCCCAGGUCGGCCUUUCAGACUUACUUUGUACAGCUCUUGGCCUGUUAGCAGGGUGCCAGAAGGAAGCUGCUAAUUCCCAUUCGUAUCGCUGCCCAUCGUUGAACAAGCACUUACUGAGGCCUCUGUGCGCCUCUUGACAUUCAGGGAAGUGUUUUAAAAUUUUAAAAGUGUUGUCUUGUAUUCUUUAGCGUUUUAGUCAUCAUGGCAGGACUGUGGAAGAGGUUGGAUAAGUAUCCGUAAUUCUUAUUGCCAGAUGAAAAAACUGAGGCUCAACAGGUUGAAAGUGGUUUUUUUAAGGUCAUAAAAGAAAGGCUUUUAGCAGGUCCCAAACUGGAAUGGUUUUUGUUUAGUUCUGUGUAUUCUGAAAAAAGAAUACAUAGUUACAGAUAAUUACCUAUCUUUAUGUACAAAUCACUGCAUUACACAUAUUGUGGUAUUGGCUCUAGAAAACAGGAGCUGCAUUCCAGGCCGCCUUUCUCCCUCCCCUGUGUCCUUGCUGCCAUGGUUUCACCCUCUGAGACUCCGGUCCCUGUAGCCGCCGGAGGCAGUGGCUGGAAUAUAGAUCAGAUCAUGUCAUGUUCUGUUGCUGCUCCAGUCUCUCCCCGGGUCUCCUCCUCACGUGGGGAGAAGCCACAUCCUUAUGAUGCUGCACCAUAGAUCUUCCCCUGACCAGUACCCUCCGCCCUUCCUUGCUCAUUGCCCCCCAGCCUCAGCCUCCUUGCAGUUACUCAAGUGCUCCAGGCCCACUUCCCACAGAGCUUCCCCCUCCCUCAGCUUGAAACGCCCUCCUCCCAGGCUGCCCCGAGGUCUCUGCUCCAACAUCAGCUUCUCUUGAGGCCCUUCCUGACUCUCCACGCCCCAGCCCUACAACUUCAUCACAUAGUUACACCCUGUCCCCCUUGCCUGGCUUUAUGGUUUGUUUUCCCCAGUCACUUGCCACCAUCUGCCAAAUAAAUAUACAGUUUGUCUUCCCUCUCUGUACCAUUAUGAGGGGAGGGACGGAUUUGCUUCUGGUCACUGCCCUGUAGCGCCUAGAACAGUGCCUGACACCUGAUAGAUGCUCAGUAAGAUGUUGAAGGAAUAAGUAUUUGUCUACCUAGUAUUGUCAGGAUAGUAUUGUCUUCUUACCACUUGUGAAAGCAAAUGGGGCACAUGAGAGAGAGAGUUGGGAUCCACCCCAUAACAUAGAAACAAAUGGACACCUGAGCGGGAACCCUGGCUCUACCACUGGUUAACUUGUGUGUUUAGAAACUAAAAUGCCAGCCUCCUAAGGUUUUAGUGAGGCUGUUAUGAAAUUAUACCUGUGAAGUUGCUAGAAUGCUCUCAGUGACCCUUAAAAAUAACUCACUCAGCAAAGGCUAUUCUGAGUGACUGCCAUGAUUACCCCAGUAUAUCUAUGUUUAUGGUUGGCCUAAAGUAAUGACUCUUAGAGGGGCGGAGUUUGAAAAUGUUUUCAGUUUAGGCUGGUUAUUUGCCAGUUCUGUUGUACUGUGUAUCACUGUGUUUCAAGAUAGUAGGUCAAGAUUUAGCAUAAAAUCCCCAAGAUCACUGAAAUAUUAGGGUAAAUUUGGAAAUACGUUAGCUAAACCUUAAGUUCAUGUAUUAAUGAUGCUUUGUGAUAUCAUUUUUUCCCCUUUAGUGUUGCCUGGAAUAUCAGAGAAUUGGAAACAGUCAUAUUUUGGGAUCAUGACCUACUCUGGUGGUUUGUGAAAAAAGAUAAUACGUUCCUGGGAAGCCAGCUACAAAGUAUACUGAAGGAUGCUUCCUAAGAGUUUUAUCAUGUCUUUCUGGAUUUCAAUGGCCUCUUUUUAGAAAUGCAAAUGAAGAAGAUGAAGGAUAGUGGACAGCAGUUAUGGACUACACAAGUGGAUGACGGACACAGUUCCUUGACCAUGUCGCCCAAACAGCCUAAUGCUAAUCGAGCGACUCGCCCAGAUAGACAAGAAGCUCAGACUCUUUUGUAUCAAGUCUCUGAGGCAGAGGCUGCCACGAUGGCCGUUGCUACAUGCGUAAAGUGUAAAAGUGUGUACAAGAUUCCGCUUCGGGAUCUGAAAAAGGAUACUGGCCAAAGCCAAAAGGAGGACAAAUAUGUUUGCUUCAAAUGCAGCCUAGGUGUGGCCCCUCCCCAUUUCCAUUUUGUGAAUAAUCACAGUGCUACUCACAUAGGAAAUAAACCAGAAACCAUCUCAAGUUCUGUCAAUAACAAAUUUAGGGUAAGGAACUUUAAGCCAGGCAAAUACUAUUGUGAUAAAUGUCGAUUUUCCACGAAGGACCCUCUGCAGUACAAAAAGCACACACUUCAACAUGAAGAGAUUAAAUUCAUUUGUUCUCACUGCAGCUACAUUUCCUACACUAAAGGGGAGUUUCAGAGGCACUUGGUGAAACACACAGGCAUUUUCCCUUAUCAAUGUGAGUAUUGUGACUAUGGUGCUAUUAGAAAUGACUACAUUGUCAAACACAGGAAAAGAGUCCACGAGAAGGCUGGUGGAAAACGGCUGCCCAAAACCAUUGCCAAGCUGGAGCCAAAAAGAAUCAGUGCCUCCAAGCAAAACCCAGAGCUUUUAAAAGCUUCCAGUCCAAGGACUGCGUUUCAAAAUAACUUGUCAGAUCAGCUUUCAGCGUUCUCCCUCCAUUCAAAUAAAGACAGAAUGCACAACAUAAUGUUAUUACCUGAAUCAAAGGAGUACCAAAAAGAUGUCGUGUGCAUUCCAAAUAAAGUGACGCUGUCAGAGCCCAGUGAAGUCAACCUGUUUGAGAACAAAAGUGUGGAGGUGGAAGUGUUAUCCCCUGCAAAAGAGCCUGUUCAGCCGGGAAUGCCAUUAACGGUUGUGGCACCAGCGGAGCUAAUCAUCCCUGCAAACUGUUUAGCCCAGUUGAUAGAUGUGAAGGUUGUCAAUGGAACACAGCAGCUUGUGCUGAAACUGUUUCCUCUGGAAGAAAGUAAUUGCCUUGCCGCUGGUGGGGGUGAUGGAGGUAAUUCUGAACAUGUGACUAAAGAGAAAGAUUCAGGCGAACAGGAAAAAAUGGCUUCUGCAGAACAAACAAAGUCACUGAUGAUCGAAGGGAAUGUUGGAAAACUUGCGGGCAUCAAUAAUCUUCAAUCAUCAGUUCAGAAACAACUUAAAAACGUGAAGUGGGUAAGGUCUUAUGACUUUUUCACCUCAAAUGCUAGCGUGUGCAGUGGUGGAGGAUCCUUUCUCAACCCUGAUAGAGUUGAGGGUUUGCAGAAAAAAGGUUAUACAUAUCCACAAAGAACUGCUCUUCCUUCCAUUGCCUUAAAAGGUCAUUCUCCAUCAUCUCUAAUAAAAAAUGGUAUUUUAAGUGGUCUUGGAACUACGUCAAACUCUUUUCCAUAUAAAGCUGCCUUUUCUUUUACUGAAGAUAGAAGAAAUUUACACAGUGACUCACAGCAGUUAUUUCCUCUUGCUGCAUCGCCUGCAACCAUUUCCUUCUCUGGAGAAAAGGACUCACUGCCCCUAAGUAAAAAGGACGUGGAAUCUAGAAAUGAGAUCAGUUUUCCUGUAAAAAUGGUUCCCCCUAAUAGGAAGCUGAAAGAUAACCAGACACAGGAACACAAGGCAGUUUCAAAUACUGGCCAGAUUUUCUCUCAACAUAAAAGUGAGUAUUUACACAUAAAUGUAACGGGAGAAGAUGGAAUCAGACCUCAACAGUCUGGGGAUAAACCUUUGGAUUUAAAGAAUUCUGUAAAGGCUAAUGACUCCUUCGAAGGCCCAGUCAUCUCAUCCGUGUUUUCUCUGAGCUCUGGAUCUGAAAACGUCCCUGAGGGCGUUAAGUGGAACAGUUCAACGUCCAAAAUAAAGUCAAUUGAACUCUUGCGCAGAAAGAUAGCCCAGUUAAUUGAAUCCUGCGGCAAGCCUUCAUCUUUGGCUGCAAGUAAUGCACAUCGUCGUUCUGUAGGGAAGGCACCUAAGGUCACUUCCAAAGCUGCCUCUGAAGGUAUUCAGGAAAUUAACGUGUCAUUUACCAGCACUGGCUAUUCUGCAGGUACUCUCCCGAAACCUCAGGAUGACGUUGGUAUUAACGGACAGCUUACUCAUCAGCAGAUAUAUCCGCACCUUGUAGAAGGCAGCAGUGGGAAAACCGAAAGCGGAGUAGCCAGGAAGCCACAUUUGGCUCCUCCAGUAUUGAUCCCGAAGGGGGCUGUGCUGAGGGUUCUUAAUUCCUCUGAGAAUUCCCACGUUAUAGAGGCUACAUGUGAAGCACCUGUCAGCAUCCCCUGCAGUGAGACACAGUUAAUAAAACCCAUUCCGUUCUGCCCAGUGAAACAGACAGACUUGGACUUACAGUCUUCGACAAGUGAAAGUGGGCCGGUAGACAUGUCCCAGAAUCAUGCUCUCUCUCUUUGGGCUAAAUCAAGAAAAGAGAGUGCAGAUUGUAGCACCAUGGUUAAAAAAGCUGGACCCCUGCAUGGGCAGCAAGGAAGCGGUGAAGUAAGCAAGCAAGGGAAACUGUUUUCCAGAAGUCUUCCUGUAAGUAGAAAUAAAACCAAACAAGUCAACUCAUCCAAGAAGAAAAGCAAAAUUCAGGCUGAUCCCAGCCGCUGUUUCAAGGAUCCUUCCAUUUUUCAGGUUGCAAGACAACUUCGACUGAUAGCAGCUAAACCAGACCAGUUGAUCAAAUGCCCCCGUCGGAACCAGCCUGUCAUCGUGUUAAACCAUCCUGAUGUCGACUCACCAGAAGUAUCCAAUGUGAUGAAGGUAAUAAACAAGUACAAAGGCAACGUCCUCAAAGUGGUCCUAUCAGAGAGGACUAGGUGUCAGUUAGGCAUCAGGCGGCAUCAUGUCCGGCUGACCUACCAGAAUGUGGAGGAAGCCAAUCAGAUAAAAAGGCAAAUGAUGUUGAAAAUGAAACUUAAAAAAGUUCAUAAAAACAACUACCAGGUGGUGGAUUCCUUGCCCGAUGACUCAUCACAGUGUAUAUUUAAGUGCUGGUUUUGUGGACGGCUCUACGAAGACCAGGAAGAGUGGAUGAGUCAUGGCCAACGGCAUUUAAUAGAAGCAACUAGAGAUUGGGAUGUUCUUUCUUCCAAGGGCAAAUAAGUGAAAAAUUGCUCUUGGAAGAAAAUUGUUUUUCUUACUUUUAAUUGAUUCUGGUUUGGUUUGCUUGGUUUUGUGUCCCUCCCUGACUCUAGGAUAAUACAGACUGCAGGGAUGGGAGGUUGGUUCAGUCUUCAGGUCUUCCUGGGAAUGUGGAGAGCCUGGCGUCUGAGCCUGGUGACCGGACAUCAGAAGGUGUCUGUGGCCCCCGAGGAAGUGCACACAGAUUCACGUGUGUGCAUUUGUCUGGGGCGAAGGGAAACUUUGAACAGAUUUUCAGUGGGAUCUGAGACUUCCCUUUGGUCAGCAACCUUUUUCUGCAUAGAUAAAAAUCAUUUUAAUCCAUUCGGAGGGGCAAGUUUAGAAUGUUUUACACAUACUCUUUAUAUAACAAAAUGCUACUGAAGAAUUAAACCCAGGUCUUGGUGUACACAUCCACUUAUUUUUUUUUUGCAUUAACUCAUCUCCUGAAUAUUUGGUACAUAAUGGAAAGUAUAUUUUCUACUUUGUUAGUUAUCUUAAGUUUGGUUAUAGAAAAGUGGCCCUUCUUUUAAAUCCCUCACCCACUCUGCAGUGUUGCUAAGUGUUCUCUGUAGCACAGAGAGUUGGGCUUUUGUUGACCCUUUUAAAGAAUAAUUCCAAAGGUUGGCCUGAAUUUACUACAACAGCAGGUGUUGUUAGGGGAAGAAAGGAACAUUUUCAGGCUUUUGCUUUAUUUUUAAAUACCUUGAUUUAUGACAGCUGGGGAGGGAAUGUGCCUUUUGGGGGGAAAAAAAGGAGAAGAAAGGGUCACAGAGGGAGAAUAUCUAAAAUUAUCUCCUGUUUGCCCUUACCACUCUCACAAAAGUCAAGUAAGUCAUCAAUUUAAAAUGUGAAUGAACAGGCAUCUUUCAACAGAGAUAAAGUUUGGGGAGACAAAUCAAGAUAGAUAGGAUUGUGACGAAAGUUGUAGCUUUAAUGAGACUAUCAGUUUUCAUUUGGGAACUCAUCGCAGACCACGGGUGGAACUUGCGCACUGUUUUCUUUCUUCCUUCAUCACCAGUGGAUCACAGACACUGUUCCCCACCCCUGCCAGGUCUUAUCCUGCUCUCCCUUGGUGGGUUUUCUGAACAGGCCCUCCUGUGAAAUGAGAUAGCUUCCCUGCUCACCUGCCCCUUUCCCUUGCCUGAGGCCCCUUAAGGUUUUCCCUGAUGAAAAUACUAAAAACAGGCAAGAAUCAACAAAAUGAACACCUCCCACCACCUCUGUUAAGCUUAUAGGAACACUGUCCCUGGUUUUCAUCAGUGCUACCAACCUGCUUCUAAUUUAUCUCAGCCGCAGUCAGGCUUUCCCUGUUGCUCACCUUCCCUGGGAAGCAGCUCCAAGAACACUCCAGCUACUCCUCCGCCAGCAGGAGUCAGGACUGGUGCUGGUCUCCACAGCACCUUCCUGUGCACUAGAAAAAAGCCCACCCUCUGCACCGUUGCGGCUGCUUGGGCAGAUGGAUGGCUUGACAAAAGCAGCUCAGGCUGGGUUCUAGGCCUCCCUUGCCCACCCAGCGGGGAACCAGCCAUAACGCAGAGCACACACAGCACAGCUACAAAGCAGCCCCAACUCACGUGUUUUCCUCCCUUUUAAAGACUCCUUCCUUAGGGAAUUGAGGGCAGCGAAUGAAACUGGGGGCUGUUACAUCUGAGAAAGGCGUGAGUGAGAUUUCUGUUGUGUUGGGUAGUCAGUUAAGAGACUUCCUGAUAUUUCUUUCCACGUGGGAAAGUCUUAGAUUAUCCUCUGAUACAUCAGAUUGUAAUUCUUUGUAGUUGGUUCUCAUUACAGAUAUUCAACGUGGCUUGUGUAUAGUUUAAUACAUGAUCAUUAAGUUGCUUAAUUGGUUAGUUUUUAUUGAAAUUUAAAACUUGGGUUUUUUAUAUGUGUAUAUAUAUAUGUGUACACAUAUAUUUUUUACCAUAUGAAAACUUGCAGUAGCUAAUUUUCUGAUUUCCUAUUUUAUAAUGAAGUUACGUGGGCUGGAAAAAUAUAAAACAUUUUAUAUUCUAGAAAUAAUUUAUUUUGGAAGUACAUUUUUAUAAUGGUCUGAUCUCAUUUUUAGAAAAUGAAAGCACAGUAAGUGAUGGGUCUGAUUUAUAUGAACAAAUGGGAGUAGAAACCCCGGUGGAUCAUUGCAGUACAGUAUUUAGUCCCGGUGCAUUUCUAGAUGGUGCUUUUUGGGAACUGGAUUGUGUGUACCGCUUCAGUACAUAAAGGAGAGCAUUCUUAAGUUUUAUCCAUGCGUAGAUCUGUUAUUCACUCCCCACCCCAGCCCCCAUCAUGAAAGAAGGCUCUUAAGGUGUUGAGAGGUGAAGAAAAGGCUGUGCUUUAUUAUUUUUCUCCUUCUAUACCUCACUGCUUAGUAGCAUCUUUCCUGAAAGGCUAGACCAUGACCUUUCAGGAAAGAUAACCAUGAAUCAGGUCAGAGUGUUAAGUGUCAACAUGAAACAUUUACACUUUGCAGCAUCAACUGUUUUUCAAGUAUUACCUAAAACUCAGCUUAUGUACUUGUACAGAGGAAAAUUUUGUGAGUAGAAUAUGUAGCUAGGUUUUUUGAGAUUUCCAGAACUACAGUACUUUGUAAGGAAUUCAGAGGGCUCCUGGAAGUCAUAAAAAAAAAAAUGAGAAAGCAAAAAAUGGCUGUCUUCCCUAUAUAAAGAACUUUAGAAAAUAGCUUGUUAACAUGUAGCUUAAUGUCAUGAAACGAACAAAAUUGGAGAAGGUAGGGGCAGAACUGUGUUGAGUAUUUGUCUACUCUUUCUUACCUUGAUUUUGAAGGGUCUCUACUCAGUAAAUGUUACUCAUAGUACUUACUACUAAAAUCAUUUCUAACUUAUUUUUUAAAAUAGGUUUUCUUUGGGGGAUAAGAAAUGAGACAACAUUGUUAUAUUUAUGAUAUGACAGUGAAUUUUUUUUAAAAAAGUAUACUCAAAAUAGAUUCUGUUUUACUCAAGUUUUUAUCCCCAGUCCGAAACACUUUGUGAGCCCCACUCAUGGGCCAAGUGCUCUUGGUUAAGCUAAACUGAACACGAUGUAUUAACCCUCAAAAGUUCCAUCCCUCUUUCUUAAGCCACCCCAGAAAAUGAAGACGUGAUGCCACUCAGCCUUUGGAAUAACUUUUGAAUCUGUUAACGUCAGUAUGAACAGAAAACAAAACAUUGCAUAACAUGUUUUAAGCAUUAUUAAAAAGUCCUGCAUUAACAGUUUGUGUGUCUGCUGCUCUGAUUUUGAAACACGUAUGUAUAUAGAUAGAGAAGUUGGCAUAAAUUUUGUUAAAUAAAGCAACUAUAAAAUUU